GUUAUGGUUAAGGUAAAGAACUAAACGAUUGCUUCAUAAUUAUAGAUUUCAAUGAAUACAAAAGAAAGGAGCGGAAAAGUAUCGGAAAUCGCGGGAAAUAUGGUAUCAUCACUUUUUAUCAUUACGACUGUCAUAUUCGUGAUCUCGAUAGCAAAACUUCCAGGAGUUGUUGAUGCGUUUAUUUCAAAUUCUUAUUGCUGCAAACAAAAUGCAUGCAGAUAUAAGUUUGCUAAAACACCAUUACUUAUCAUUAGCUUAGAUGGUUUUCGAAAUAGUUAUAUGGAGCAAAAUAUCACACCAGCAAUUGAUUCAUUGUUUUAUUGUGGUACACAUAGCAAAUAUAUGUUACCAUCAUUUCCCUCAAAAACUUUCCCCAAUCAUUAUACCAUAGCAACGGGACUUUAUCCCGCUUGGCACGGGAUUGUUGACAAUCGUUUUUAUGACGAAGAAUUGGGUGCUUUCUUCAAAAAAAGUACCCAAAAACCUGGUUGGUAUCUUGGAGAACCGAUAUGGCUAACAGCACAAAAAGCUGGCUUAAAAUCAGCAGUAUUUUUUUGGCCUGGAAGUGAAAAUUCAGAAAAAUUACCCAACUACUGGAUGAAAUACGAUAGCUCUACACCAUUCACAAGUCGUGUUGAUACUAUAAUUAAAUGGCUACAAUUGCCAGAAAAUGAGCGACCAACACUUAUCCAGGUCUAUUUUGAAGAACCAGAUCUUGCUGGCCAUAAAUAUGGGCCACAUUCACAAGCGGUUCGUACGGCAUUGAUUUUAACGGAUGGAAUAAUUAAUUAUUUGUUGAGACGAUUGGAUGAUCAAGGUCUUAUGGGUUGUAUAAAUGUCAUUAUAGUUUCUGAUCAUGAUGCAGAUAGUAUUACAAGUAGUAUAAUGACAAAAUUGCAAUGUCAACAUGGUAAUAAUUAUUUGAUGUAUGGAAAGGAUACGGUACCAAUAAGAUUUCACUAUGGUGGUUCAUCAAGAAUAGGUGAUAUUAUUAUUAGCGCACGUCCAGAAACGUCUAUUUUUUUAACUGCUGAACAGAAUGAAUCAUAUACUCGAUUGGGUGAUCAUGGUUAUGAUAAUCGAAUUGAUAGCAUGCGGGCUAUCUUUAUUGCUUUUGGACCGGAUAUUGGAAUGAAUCGGGUGAUUGAUAGCUUUCAAAAUAUUGAACUUUAUAACUUAUUCGCAUAUUUAUUACGAAUUGAUGCCGCGCCAAAUAAUGGAACUGAUGGUGCUCUAUUUGACGUACUUCGCACUCUCCCAACAAUACCAAUGACAGCUGUUGAUCAUCCACCAGAUCAGUGCACUAAUAUGAUAAAUAUAAAAAUGUGCAAUUUCUCACAUAAUUGUCCGGUAAUGGAUGAUAUCUACCAGAGGUGUCCGAUGAUAUUUUACAGUUCCAUUAGUGCUAGUAAAAUGCAUUUUACUGGUGAACUUUGCAGAAUAAACUUAUGUGAUGCAAUUAUAUAUUUUGAUAGAAAAUUUCAAAAAACAAUUAUGGUAGAAGGUAUCAUUAGGCAAUCUAUUUGGGUGCAAAAAACAAACGAAAAUUGUGUAACUUAUAUCGAAAAUGUCAUGCAAAUUAAUUUAUGUGAAACACCAAAGAAUGACAGCUACUCGGUUAUUUCGUUAUUUGGAAAUCUUGAUCGUUAUAAUACCUUGGAUCUAGCACGAAUGAUUGUGCCAAAAGCUUUUUCUGAUGGAAUAUGGCAAUAUAUUUUAAGUACAAUAACUGAAUAUCUAACUAAAUAUGGUAAUAUGCGAUUCUUUUCUGGUCCAAUAUAUGAUCAAAAUGGAGAUGGUGUACGUGACAGUGAUGAUCAAAUCAGAGAUGGUAAUCCAUCACAUUUAUUCUUUGUAUUUAUGUGGUGCGCAAAUAGUGCACUAACUGAUUAUACUUUAUGCAAGGAUAUCAUCUUUCAUCCAUAUAUAUUACCACUUAAAGACAGUAAUUUAAACUGUUUGGAUCCUCCGGAAUAUCUUCAUGAUAAUGCAGUUCGAAUGCGUGAUAUCGAAUUAUUAACCGGAAUGGAAUUUUUCACUGAUCGAAGUGUUUGGUCAAAUUAUGAGGCAAUUAAAUUACGAACUAUGUUAAGAACAUGA